AUGCUGAUGCUUACUGCCUCCUUUCUCAAAGAAACAGAGGAUCAAGCCAUUCAAAAGGAUUCUACAUCCGAUAAAACUGUAACAACAACUCUGUCCACUGAUUCUGAAACAAGGAACACAUCACUAGGACCAUUACUUGCUCCUCUAGAGAAGGCAUUGCCUUGUUAUGCUUAUUAUCUUUUUCAAUGGAAGUAUGCUCCACACUUAAAUAUAAAUUUUGAUUUUCUGCAGUGUAUUAAGAAAACUGUUGAAGAAGGAACUACAUCAGUGAAUGUCAAGACAAUAACAUCGUCAACUCAUUCAAAAUCAGAAGAUGAUAAUGGCCAAAUAGCCACACCUUCUUUUUCAGGUGUCACUGCAGAGCCUCCUACCACCAAAGAUGUUGAUGUCAGAGACUCCCAGGAAACUUCUGAGUUAGAGAUUGCCCUUACUAAGACUCAUGCUCUUGAAUCUAAGCACUCUCCUAGCUUCUUUUCUAUUGAAUCCCAAUCUCCUUCAGUGCCAUUUAAAGGGAACUCUUCUCAAAUCAAGGAGGAUUUAAAUUUUGCUUCUCUUGUCACAUGGGAACUUGAACAACUAGUCUCCAACAAGCAUUUGGAUCAUGACAACCUGUCACUGUUGACUGAUUUUCUUGUGAAGCAUCCUUCUGUUCGUUUAAAUGACAAAGCACUUAGCAAUUGGUUGAAGGGUUGUGCCUACAACCGCCUGAGUCAUCUACUGAGAUUCCUCCAAACCCAUAGUCCUAAUGAUGUGUUAGGGUCAAACCGCUCUGAGUUCAUGGAGUUAUUACAAGACGUGCGCAGAUUUGGUUUUGAUAAGGAUUGGUUGAAUGGUGUUGAAAGACGUGCCUUGUUUCCUGGUUUACAAAUCUCACAAGAUGCACUGCAAAAAGUAUUGGACUCAAAACGCAAUUUAAUUCAACAUGUGGAGGAUCUCAAGCUUCAAUUAGCAUCUUUUGACUCUGUUUUGGAGAGUAUCAUUCAACAAGAGGCACAAGUUUUAGAAGCUGGGGCUGAUUUGAGUUUCCCUAUUGGAUAUUAG